UGGCAGUGUCUCCGCUGCUGCCAUUUCGCGUGAAAAAUACCAUAAUGUACGGGAUACUCUAACCUCAAAUUCCAACAAUAGGGUGUGAUAGGCGAGCGAGAUCGUUUGAGUGGAGAGUGGCAAUGCGCUUUCAUACCAACUCCACAGAUAGCCAGCAUGGACCCGGAACCUGAAAUCCCACCUGCCCCAAAUGAUACAACCGAGGUGCGAUUUUCAUUAGAAUUUAUCGACGAGCUAGAGCGUAAACGAAACCCGGAAUCUCACCUCCGGACUGUUGUACGGUCGAAUGCCAGGAAGGCCUCCUUCUCGAGACGACGGCCUCUAACUGCUGUCAAUACUCGCUCAACGCAACUUAGUCCUCUCAGAACACUUAGGACAGUUGUGGAAUUCAACAAGGAGGUUAAUGUAGCGUCUUUUUCUGGAAUUUCAGGAAAUGCCACUGCUCCCAGAGAAAAUUUCUUCUUCUCUAUGCCAAUAAGGGAAGAUGGUAUUCGAGGGCUUUCGAGUGUCUCUGAGUCCUCACAUGGCCCUUACAACCCCGACACCAAGUAUUCACCAAGUCAGAGACUGGAAUUUAGUGGAGACUUCCUACGCCAGCUGCAAAUAUCUCCAAAAACGAUCCUUGGAGCAGGGAGGAUUGAUCCGUUCAACAGUUAUCCAAUUGACUCUGCUGAGAUGCAACCAUAUAUGCAUGGCUUAGUAGAUUAUCAUGCUUUCAUUUGCGACUCAGGAAUGCCAAAAGAUCCUGAUACGGGAGCAUACAUACACAUCAAGUGGCUGCAACUUUGUAUGGAGAAUCAAAUGGCUUUUAAAAGCAUGCUAUUAGCAGCCGAAAUGUCUCUCAGAGGACACCAAGGCCUUACUCCUUGGGAAGUAACCAAGUUUCCUGGAAGUUAUAGAUAUAAACUGACGGCCAGAACUCAGGUCCGUUCGUGCUAUUCACCUAACCUUAGAUUGCAUUGAACUAUUAAACGAAGUGUUUAAUAAACCGAAACUUGAGGUUAGCGAUAUGAUGCUGGCAACAGGAAUCAAUCUUGCGGCAACUGAGC